CCCUGGGGGACACGGGCCGGGGGUCUGCGCGCGGAUCCUGCGGGCGGGUAUCUGGGGUCAGGCAGUGUGCAGCGGGCCUUAGGUCAGGUCCUUCUACCGCUCUGUGCUAAAGAACUCCGGAGCCCCGCCCAGGAGACGCGUGGAAUGCGUUGUUUGCUCGCGGAAUGGCGUGUCCGGGGGGUUGCCGUGGGCCAGGGGAAGCAGGUGGUACAGACGCCGAGCAAACCCUGGAGGAGGCAGGGGUCGCGUAUCGUGUUAGGCGGUUGUGGAAAUGCGAGUCUUGCUGCAUUAACACUAGGUUUGAUUUUCAUGCAGUCCGAAGUUAGAAUUUGAAUUAGUGCGGGGAGUUCUUCGAGAACACGUCGGAAAGUGGGUCGCUCAUGGGAUUACUUACUUAAACGCUUACUUGUUGAAUGCAAAACCCGCGGGGCGCAAAUAUUCAGUAAAAUACACGUCAAACAGACUACUUUGUGCUAGUGCAAUUUGGGAGUGAACAAGGCAACGUCUUUCCGCAAGGGGCUUACGUUUUUUAGUGGGUUUACAUUGUUCCCGUCCCUGAUUUUAAGUCGCUUUUUGUGAGGUAAAAUUCACGUGCCAUCGAAUGAACUCGUUUGAAGUGCAGAGUCUGGUGACAAACGUAUGCAUGCGUUUAACCACCGCUCCUGUGUCUUAGUGAUACUUCUAAAAGAUAAAAUUGUAAGGAAAGCUGGUGAUCUGACAAAUGCUUAUGUUUAUGAAGUGGGCCCUGGGCCAGGGGGAAUCACAAGAUCCAUUCUCAAUGCCAAUGUUACUGAACUUCUGGUGGUUGAAAAGGAUAGUCGAUUUAUUCCUGGAUUACAGAUGCUUUCCGAUGCAGCACCUGGAAAACUGAGAAUUGUCCAUGGUGAUGUGUUGACAUAUAAGAUAGAAAGGGCUUUUCCAGAAAGUCUUAAAAGACGGUGGGAAGAUGAUCCUCCAAAUGUACAUAUUAUUGGAAAUCUGCCUUUUAGCGUAUCAACUCCACUGAUUAUCAAGUGGCUUGAAAAUGUUUCUUGUAAAGAUGGACCUUUUGUUUAUGGCAGAACCCAGAUGACAUUGACUUUUCAAAAGGAAGUGGCAGAGAGACUUACAGCCAGUACAGGAAGCAAACAGCGCAGUCGCCUUUCUGUUAUGGCCCAGUACCUCUGCAACGUUCAGCACAUCUUGACCAUUCCGGGUCGGGCUUUUGUCCCUAAACCAGAGGUGGACGUGGGCGUGGUGCACUUCACGCCCCUGACGCGGCCCAGGAUAGAGCAGCCAUUCAAGCUGGUGGAGAGAGUCGUGCAGAACGCAUUUCAGUUCCGAAGGAAAUACUGCUAUCGAGGCCUGGGGAUGUUAUUCCCUGAAGUUCAGCGCGUGGAAAGCACCGAGAAACUGUUAGAGUUGGCAGACGUGGACCCUACCCUUCGACCCAGCCAGCUCUCUGUCUCCCAUUUUAAGAGCCUCUGUGAUGUGUACCGGAAAAUGUGUGAUGAAGACCCACACCUCUUUACUUACAAUUUCAGAGAAGAACUCAAGCAAAAUAAAAGCAAAAAUCAGGAAAGAGAGAACAAGGAGAGAUCCCGACGGUAGCUGCCGCCUCGGUGGCGAGCAGCUUUGCGGAUGUUGGUUUUCCCGAAGUUGAGCUGCUCAGAGGUACACUCUUUGGUCCACUAUGGAAGGACAAUAAAAAUACGAUGACCA